AUGAAAGAAAUUUUUAUUUUUCUUCUCUUAUUUCCAUCAUUAAUCAGAUGUGAAUGUGAACCAAAAUGGUUUGGUAGAAAUUGUUCAGAACCAAAUAUAUGUAAUUAUAAUAAUAACAGUCUUUGUCCAGAUGGAUUUGUUUGUAAAAUUACUGAUGAAAAUCAAGAAUGUUUAUCGACAGCAACGUUUGAAGGAAAUUCAAGUAGUUUAAUAGCAACAUUACAUCAUAGUUCAAUAUCAAAAAUAUCAAAUGAAAUAUCAUUUCGUCUUCGUGCACGUUCUCAACAUGCACAUUUAUUAACAAUAAAAAAUUUAUAUACAUCAAAUUAUUUUUCAUUGUAUUUAUUUGGUCAAAAUUUAAUUUAUCGUGAUUCAAUAUUAUUAACAGAUCUUAUUAUUGAAUUAAAUACUAAAGUAUUUGAAGAAUGGACAACAUUUCAUUUACAUUGGUCAGAUUUUUCAACAUUAACAAUUAAUUAUUUAUAUACAUAUACAAUAAAUUUAUCAUUAAAAUCUUUAUUAACAUCAAAUGGUCAAACACAAAUAUUUAUUGGAAAUGGUUUUCGUGGUUGUUUAGAAUAUGUUUUAAUUGGAGAAAAUCUUUAUAUACCAUUUUAUAAUGAUAUUAUAUAUGAAAAUGAUACACGCAAAAAUAAAUUUUUUAUUGAACAAAUUGAAAAUAUUCACAUAAAUAAUUGUACAUUUAAUAAUAUAUGUGAAAAUAUGAAUUGUGGAAAUGGUGAAUGUAUUAAGGAUUUUGAUCGAGGAAAAUGUUUAUGUCAUCAUGGAUGGUAUGGAGAUUUUUGUCAAAUAAAUAUUAAUGAAUGUGAGCAAGGAAAUAAUUGUUCAAUUGAAAAUAGUAUUUGUGAAGAUCAUCUAGAAGGAUAUUAUACAUGUAAAUGUCAUCAAGGAUUUACUGGACAAUAUUGUGAAACAAAUAUUGAUGAAUGUGCAUCAUCUCCUUGUGCUAAUAAGGGCACUUGUAUUGAUUUAAUCAAUAGUUACGAAUGUAAUUGUACCAAUGAUUAUAUAAAUUCAAAUUGUUCAAAAUCAAUAAAUGAUACAUGUUUUGGUCAAUUACACACCUGUAAAAAUAAUGGUACAUGUACAUUAAAAAGUGUUCAUCUUUAUGUUGAUAAUCCUGAAAGUGAAUGCCAAUGUCCUAAUGGUUAUAGUGGUAAAUGGUGUGAAAGUGAUUUAUGUUUGAUGUUAAAUUGUCAAAAUAAUAGUACAUGUCAAAGAUUAUCAAAUGGAAAAGCAAAAUGUUUAUGUACGGAACAAUGGUAUGGUGAUGAAUGUCAAUAUGAUGUAAAUGAAUGCGAAAACCAUCAAACAAAUAUUUGUUUAAAUAAUGGAAUAUGUAUUAAUUAUCCUGGUGGAUAUAUAUGUCAAUGUCAAGAACAUUAUUUAGGAAAACAUUGUGAAAAUAAACAUGUUUGUUUAGAAUCACCCUGUCUUAAUCAGGGUCAAUGUAAAGCUGAUGGUGAACAUUAUUAUUGUGAAUGUUUAACAAAUUUUACAGGUUUCCAUUGUGAUUUAUUAACAUGUGAAUCAAUACCAUGUCAACAUAAUGCAACAUGUAUACCGGAUCUUCAUCAAGGAUUUAUUUGUAAUUGUGAAGGAACAGGUUAUGAAGAUGAGCAAUGUACAACAGAAACUAAUGAAUGUUUUAGUAAUCCAUGUCGAAAUAAUGCAAGUUGUAUUAAUCAGAUAGGUGGAUAUAUGUGUGCAUGUCCAAAGAACUUUAUGGGAGCUCAAUGUGAAAAUAAAGAAAAAUUUUUAAGAUCUCUUAGUUUUUCAUAUCAUUAUAUUAUAUGGCCUAGCAUCGCUAUUUUAUUAUUAAUGAUUAUUAUUCUAUUAACUAUUGUUAUCGGACGUAUACGUGAAAAUCGUCGACUACAAGGAACAUAUAGACCAGCAUUAAAUGAAAGUGGUCAAACUUCACGUGUGGAAUUUAGUAUGAUUUUAAAACCACCACCAGAAGAACGAUUGAUUUAG